AUGUCUUUACCUCCUUUUGCUUCUUGGAAUGUGAGAGGAUUUAAUCAUCCUCUUAAAGUUUCUAUGUGCAAAGACCUCAUCUCUUCCCAUAAUCUCAAGCUUCUAGGUAUCUUAGAAGCUAAAAUUCAUCCUUCUAUGUCUUCGGAUCCCUGGUUUUGUCAUUGCCACAGGGUUAUCCAUGGGACUUUUUCCUCUGGCUCCUCCCCUCCAAUUUUAUUGUCGGUCAUUUAUGCUGCUAAUCAGCCGGAAGAUAGAAAGAUUCUCUGGGACAAUCUGCUUCAUAUUUCUCAAAACAUCCAUCUUCCCUGGGCUGUCAUGGGAGACUUUAAUUGUCACAGAUUUGACUAUGAGAAGGCGGGGGGUUCCCCUUUACCCCUUGGACGUUUGGGGGAGCUUAAUAAUUUUAUUUUUAACUGUGGACUUCAAGACCUCUCCUCUGUUGGUCAUCUUUAUACCUGGUUUAAUCAAAGGAUUGAUUUGCCCAUCCACAUUAAGCUCGACAGAAUUUUGGUGAAUUCAGAUUUUCUGGACUUCUUUCCUAUGGCUCAUUACAAGGUGGAUUCUCCCUGCGGUUCUGACCAUUCUCCGAUUAUUUUGUUGGCUAACUCUGUUAAUAGAAUCUUCUCAAGGUUCUUGUUCAAGAAAUUUUGGCUCAAUUUAGAUGGGUUUUGGGAAGUUUUACUCAAUGUUUUUCAUACUCCUAAUAUGGCUAGCCCUAUCUCUGCAUUUUACAAUUGUUUGAAAGCCCUGAAAAUUAAAAUCAAAGGUAUGAAUUGGUCUUCUUCCACCUUUCUGUCUAAUGCUAUUUUAGAAGCAAAAAGUCAUCAGAUGCAUUGCCUGAAUGCCUUACAAUCUGCUCCUCUUGACCAAGCUUUUAACACCAACCUUAAAUUGGCUAAUGAUAGACUUAAUCAUUUACAAAUGGAAUGGUCCUCCUGGAUUGCCCAAAGAGCUAAAUCUUAUUGGCUUGCUCAAGGGGAAGACGACUUGGGUUUUCUCUAUGCUAAAAUUAGAUCUAGAGCAAUAGGAAAUCUUAAUCAAAAAUCUCCUCUAGUCGGUGGUAUUAUUACGCGGACAUCACAACAUUGCGGGGGAGCUUAUUGA